AUGACGAAUUUUUUUCGGGGUAAUACAAAUACACAUCAAAGUGGACUUCAACAAGCUAUUGAAAAAGCUAUAGAUGGAAGUCAACCAAGUGAAGAUUGGAGUUUAAUUAUGAAAAUUUGUGAUCACGUUGCAAGUCAUGAAGAAAGUGCAAAAGAAGCUAUGAAAAUAAUUCGAAAACGUUUACACGUACAUCCUGGAAAUAAUGGAUGGCGUAGUAUUGGAUAUACUCUAACUUUAUUAGAAGCAUUAACAAAAAAUUGUGGAAAAAUAUUUCAUUUACAAAUUGCGCAUAAAGAUUUUUUGAAAGAAUUGAAAGGAGUUAUUGGACCAAAAAAUAAUCCACCUGCACUAAUACAAGAAAGAGUUCUUGGCAUGAUUCAAACAUGGGCAUUAGCAUUUCGUCAUGAUCCAGAUUUUCGAACUGUCGAACAUUUCUAUCAAGAAUGUAAACAACAUGGUUUAGUAUUUCCACCAGCUGAAUCAGAAAAUGUUAUUAAAACAGCGGUACCACCUACAGGUACUAUUGAAAGACCUUCGCAAUAUGCACGAUCAAUGUCGCAACAAAAUACAAGAACAAUUCCUCGAGAUAAUCGAUCAUCAUCAGAUGGAUCAUCAUAUCCUAUUCAGAAUAAUCAAACAGCUGAUCAAAUAGGAAAACUACGUAGUGAAUUAGAUAUUGUACAAACAAAUGCACAAGUAUUUGGUGAAAUGCUUGUAACAUUACAACCAGGUGAAGAAAAUCCACAAGAUUUCGAAUUAUUAAUGGAGUUACACAAUACAUGUAAACAAAUGCAAGCUCGUAUUGUUGAUUUACUUGCUCAAGUAUCUGCCGAUGAUAUAACAGUUGAUCUUUUACGAUAUAAUGAUGAAUUUAAUAAUUCAUUUAAAACAUUUGAAAAAUAUAUGCAAGAACGUGAUAAACGUUUUGGUGCGUCAUAUAGACCAACAUUAAAUCAAAAUACAGCAUCACAACCUACAAAUUUCCAUUCACAAACACCAAUAAAAAAUAAUUAUCCAACAUUACCUAAUGCAGAUAAUGAACCGGCAUUGAUUCGAUUCGAUGAUGAUCCAGUAACAGUAACAAGUGGAUUUCAAAAUAUGAAUAUUAAUUCAGCAUCAUCAAGUGUAAUACCGAAGAAUACGCAUCAACCAUCAACGGCAUCUGUAGUAACUCGUCCAGCUGCACAAAAUCAAGAUCCUGAACGAGAACUGAAAGAAAUGGAAGAAUGGUUAAAAUCGCAAGGCGAUGACAGUGAUACUGAUGAACAAACUCGUCCACAAGAUGGAACAACAGAUGCAUUUAAUAAUUUUUUACAAAAACGUGCAUCAGCUGUACCUGAUCAAGCAGUAUCUACUCAGCAAGUUUAUCCUAAUUUCCAACCAAUAAAUAAUCAAAAAAAUAAUACUUAUCUAACAUCAUUAAAUAAACCAAGUAAAUCUUCAAAAUGUUGGCCGAAUCUACUCAUUUUUUUCGAACCAACAAAAGAUUUACAAAAAGAAUUAAUACAAAAACAGAGUGCAAGUACUCGUUAUAUACAUAAGAAUCCUUGGAUUCAUUUGAUGCUAUCCAAACGAAUUGAUACAGCUAUUGAUGAAGCAAGUUCUAUUUUCCAUAAUUAA